AUGGCAUUUUUUAGACGUUGUUUGCCAAUUCUAACAAGAGAAAUUAAAAAUAUUCCGCUAGUAAAGCAUGAAGUACACAUUCAUCGAUGGGUUGCACCAACUUUAAUGGAGCUUAAACAUCGAGAAAUACGACAAGGCGGUAAAAAAACAUUCCCAAGGAAUACGUUUCUUGAGUGGAACUUAGAAGCAGAGCUAUACGCUUUUAGCAAACGACUUGGUGAAGAGUUUGACUCAGAACUGUUAUUACAAGCUUUCACAGACCGGUCAUAUGUUAUUAAGGAAGAAAUGAAACAAACAGAAAUGGAUUUUGCUUUAAAAAUAAAAGAUAAUAGAGAGUUAUCUGAUAAAGGAAUAAAAUUCAUGGAAGAAUAUGUUCAAUUAUAUUUAGAAGCAGUUUUACCAAGAUUUCCUAAAGAAGGAAUUAGCUGUAUCAAAAAUCACCUUCUAAGUGAAAAUGUUCUAGCUAAUGUAUGCCUUCAUUUAGGAGCAAAAGACAUUAUUUUAUCAGCAGAGUACCCAGUAGACAAUAGUACAUUAGCAAAUACCUUCAAAGCCAUUGUUGGGGCCUUGUAUGAGUCAUCAAGUGAAGAAAAAGCGGCACAUUUUGUCCGAGACUUUGUUAUUACACAAUUACAAGGACAAGAUGUAAACGAAUAUUGGCAUAUAGAAGACCCCUGGAAAAUGCUGACUGAACUAAUAGCCAAAACAGGCGCAUCCAUUGAACCUAGACUUAUUGGACAAGUUGGGAAAGGCACAUUAUUGGCUUGUUAUAGAGUUGGUCUAUAUGUGGAUAAAAAAAUGCUGUCAACAGGUUUUGGAGAAACUGUUGCAAUCGCUAAAGAGAUGGCGGCUAGAGAAGCAUUGAAAAAGCUUUUCAGCACAGAAGAUAAUAUGCACCCCAUAAAUUACAAACUGGAAGGAAUGCCAAUGACAAAAUCGCAAUCAAGGCAACAAACAAUGUUAAGUUAA